CUCGUAUAUAUUUGCGUCAUCCGCAUAACCAAUAACCACCACGCGGGGGUUUGACGCAGUUAUCCUACAAUAUAUAUAUAUAUCACGUCAUGACCUCGAUUCCGGGUCACUGAUUCCUCCCAUUAUAUCUCGCUGCUGAUGUUUUAAUCCCGAGAAAUAAAAUUCAUUGAAGGUCAGCAUAAUAAUGGACUGGAUUCGGACUCUGUUUUGCGUCGGCAGUGAGUCUGCGGAUCCUUCCUCAUCGCCGCCGCCGCCACCUGGGCAACCCGAACUGGAUUCCUUACUGAUCCCCCCUGACAGGAUCAAAAGUGGCGGCAGCUUGGUCAACUUCUGGAGAUCGAGAGUCGGCCAUGACCCGAUCGACGCAACCCGGGAACCCCGUCACAUUCGACUCGGAUAUCCUCGACAUUUCGACGAAUCUCCCGCAGUUAUCAUUCCUGCAAAGCAUGUUGCCAGCAGUGACGACGGCGUUAGACACAGAAAUAAGCCGCAUCCAUUGCAAGAUUUCGACGACUUCUGCGGGGUCAAAGAAGCGUCACCUACCGGCAACUUUAAAAGCCCGGAUGAUAUGACUUUCAUUUCUCACGCAGAAGGUGGCGCUGGUAUUGCUGAAACGGAAAUUGCCUUGGAGAAUGAAGAGUUUGGAGAGGAGGAAGGAGGAGGGGAGGGGUAUGGUGAAGGUGAAGGGGACGACGACCUUUUCAAGAAACCAAAAAUAAUUGGGUUCACAAUUGAUGAUGCCCUGGAGUACAUUGGAUUUGGCUCAUACCAGCUUUUGUUGACCCUGGUUGCUGGGCUGGGAUGGAUGGCAGCAGGCAUGGUGACAGUGAUGGUGACCAUCCUAAACCCAUCUUUGCAGUGUGCCUGGCACAUUGCUGCCUGGAAACAGGCUGUUUUGGCAGUAAGUCUCUUUGCUGGCAUGGGUUCCAGUGGGUUCUUCUGGGGGUAUAUGGCUGACAGGUUUGGCAGGAGAAGAACUUUGAUGGCAGCUUCUUGGCUCUUGUUUUAUGAGUGUGUCUUGUGCACCUUUACACCCAGCUAUGUUUGGAUCCUGUUCCUGAGGUGGAUGGUUGGCUUUUCUUUGGGCUGUAUGCCUCAAAAUAACACUUUAUGCAGAGGAGAUGCCAAAAUCCCUCAGAGGACAAUGCGUCAUCAUUCUUCAGGGUUUUUGGGUCCUAGGAUGUUUGGUGGAGAUUUGUAUUGGGAUCUUCUCUGUACCAUUACAUUGGAGAAACCUAGUGUUUUAUACUUCACUGGGUCCUUUUCUGUUUGCCUUGACUAUUGGAGAAACAAAACUUGGGCAAGUUUUGGACUGAAAUGUCCUGUGGAUCAGCAUGCAGGCACUUUACUUACACUGAUUACAAUGAACUACACAAAAGAAGUAACCGACUCGAAAAUCCAAACUACGGCCUUUCCAACUCACAUUAGAUCAGUAGCUAUGGGACUCAGUAUGGCUUACCCAGUUGAUCCACGGUGUCCAGUUGACAACACUGAACUCAUUCAAAACAUGACCAACCCUUGCAGACCCCAGCCUCCAAAAGAUCCUUGUGAUGUCUCUCCUGUCGGGGGAAAAACUGGCAGAAUGGAGUUGUUAGCCUUGAGAAUGCCCUUGCCUGUGCCUGGAUUUGCCACAGGUGUCGCCCCUGCAUGGUUCCCAUCCGACACUGGACUCAGCAGCUUGGAGCCGGUUGGUGGCGCCACUGGCACCACCUUCAUCAACUGCAGCAUUUCCAUUGGGCUGAGGGGUUGGGGUGAACUGGAAGUCCAGGGUCUUGGGGGCGUUUUUCUCUCCAUUCAGCCAAUAAAUAGAAGAGAAAUUCAAGGAAUUCUGGGAUCCCAAUAUCCUCAGAAGGAAAAGCCUCUUCUGGAAAAGAAGGGGAAUGGGAUGGUGGUGGUGAUGGCAUCAGAUGCACCAGCACCAGCACCAGCAACACUUGCCUGCUUGAGAUACAACAUGAGACAGCAGACGUCAAUGGUGGGAAAAUCCUGUCCACCUGCCGAGGCCAUGUCCAGAGUAUUGAUCCCCCCAGGGAUCCCUUUUAUGUCAGUCACUCAUACUCACUUGGGCAAUAGCUGGUAA